AUGGCGAAGCAGAUUCUGUCACAACCUCGAAAGUCUUUUGUUUCUCAACGGGCGCUCGCUGAAAUCCUGAGCCUUCUGCCAAAUGAUGAUGGCGAGGGGCGCUCCAGACAGACGGUGAAGCGCAAAAGAGUUGAAAAGCUGUCCGAAAAAACGCCAUAUGGACCCCUUUGGCGAGAGUUGACAGGCUUUGUCAUGGCAGAGGGGGAGCCUCUGAAGGUAACAUAUGUGGACCCCGUCGCUUUGCUUUGGAAAUCCUGCUCGCAAGACGGCGGCUUCCAGCAGUUUCUCAGCGAUGUUGCAGCCAGGCAUGCGUGUGGUCCUGCCACCCCGUGGGACCUUUGUUUAUACGUUGACGAAGUGAGCCCAGGUAACCAGCUGAAGCCGGUGAACGAACGGAAGCUUCAAGUAGUCUAUUUCUCGGUAAAGCAGUUCGGAAAGAUGGCUCUUUCCAAAGAAGAUGCCUGGUGGGUGCUGACCGCUAUCCGUUCUGUGGACGUGAAGAGAGUGGUGAACGGAAUGGCCCAGGUUAUGAGGAGAAUAUUGAGCAUUUUCCUCGUGGACAGACGGGAUGACUUGUUGCACGGUUUGCUGAUAGCGGACGAGGCCGCGCUGAAACAGGUCUGGGAAGACAAAGGUUCCAGCGGAACCAAACUGUGCUUCAUGUGUCAGAAUGUGGUGGCCAAAUCCUCGGGGCUACACAGAACUGACAGGAGCAACCAGCUCAUCAGCCACGCUGACUCCCGCAAAGCAAACCUUGUAUUGCACACAGACCAGACCAUGUUGCAGGCAGCAGCCCAUCUUGUCGAGCAAAAACCACUGAUGAACAAAGGCCAGUUCAAGAUGAGGCAGUUUGCCCUGGGCAUAAACUACAUGGAGCACGGUAGUCUGUUUUCGCAGGAGCUGGCACCCUUUCUGAAGCCCGUCUCUACAACCAUGUUCGACUGGAUGCACAAUUUUGUUGUUGGGGGAGUUUUUCACGUAGAAAUGACGCAGCUGCUACGCAUCUUGAACCAGCAAGGCAUUCACCAGUCGAACGUGCACGAUUUCUUUCAAGCUUGCUACUGGCCCAGCUUCAUCGGAUCCAAGUCUGCAAGCGCCAAGAAGCUGUUUGCGAAGAAGAUUACGGACUUCAAGUCUUCGCCUUCCGAAGCCUUAGCGACGUAUCCAGUCAUGAAAAGCUUUCUGCAAGAUGCCUUGCCCAACUUGGAAGACAACCAUGCCCAGCUGUGCUGCCAUUCAUUUUUCGCCCUUUGCGAAGCGCUUGAUAUGCUGCAGAUGGCAGGCACAGGUGACAUCGAUGCAGAGGCCAACGCGCUGGAACGCAAAAUCUGCUCGCGUCUGGAAUUGUUCAAAGCGUGUUAUGGCGCCGGAAAGGUUCUCCCAAAAGCACACAUGAACCUGCACCUGGGAGACUUUCUCCGGCGCCACAAGUGCCUCCUCUCGUGCUUCGUGCACGAGAGGAGGCACAAGGAGCUCAAGAGAUACGCGAACAACUUAUUAGACAACAUGCAAGCAGGAUCCGAGAAACACGUGCUCGAGCUUGAGUUGGAAAAGCAUCUCCAGAAUCUGGAGAGCUUCGCUGAAACCCGAAAGGGACUCAUAGCCCCCAAGGAUGCACCAAGCGUCUUGCAACGAACCUUCAUGGACUUCUAUCAGCUGCCAGCCUGCCUUGGGUUGCUAUUCUCCAACACAUGUUAUGUUGGAAACGGGCGCGAAUGCAAGCGAGAGGACGUUGUUGUUUUGGGCUUUGGCGGCCGUCAACAGGUGGCGCAGGUAUGGUUUCACGUUUGCUUUGCCGGUCUGGAGUACACCUGCGUUUCUGCUUGGGAACCUGCGGGCAACAAUCGGUUCAGGAUUUCCAACGAGCCAGUGUUUGUUUUCACCAAUGACAUAUCAGCUCUUUGCAUCCACAAGCCGGAAGGCGAGCUUGCUUUGGUCAUACCCUUGCGUAUGCCGAUGUGA